UGACCGAUAUAAUUACCCGCUCGAUCGAUCGCGGUGCACUUCAACUAAAUAACGUGUCGCUACGUAGGUGUGGGCACGCAGGACCGUCGAUUAAGCUUACCAACCCUGAAGUGCCACGUGGAUCGUUCGUGAAGACAGGCUGAGACGGAGAACUGCGUCGAAUACUUUCGUUGUCUCUUUCUUUCUCGGGGGGCUGGGGGGAGGCGAGCAAUAUGCAGGUAGAGAGGGGAGGAGGAGGUGGAAAUGGAGAGUGGUUGAUUGAGGGGAGGAGGAGGUUGAAAUGGGAGUGAGUGGUUGAGUGAGGUGGUAGAGAAGUGGCUAUGGAGAUGAUGACCCGUCGGCAGCCGCAGCAGCAGCAAAUGGACGAAGACCCCCUGAAUGUGGCAAUGGGGACGUUCUUGAGUUGUGCUGCUACUGCGAGAGGAGCGCUGUCAUUGGCGCAGAACAGGGGAGAUGCUGCGGAGCAGCUUCAGCUGAACGAUCAGCUUGACGAACGUCGGAAUGAUGUCCAAAUGAACGACGAGGAUGGGGGAUGGGAGGGGACAAAUGAGGAGGGAGGUGAUUGCUCUGAUGUGUUGGGAGAUGCUGAUUGGUUUACAGGCUCGUACAUCCCCUGGGAGGUUUUCAACGAGGAGUUAAAGAAGUUAGCACGAGCAAGCGAGGAGGAAAGAUUGGACAUGGCCGUUUCUAGUGGAGGGAGUGACAGCGUUAGUCUUGCUGCUGGUGGUGGUCAACCUCUGUCUCCUCCUCCCUGUGACAUUACUGCAUGUUCAGCUUCGUGUGCUCCUCGUCUCUCCACCUCUGCUGGUGGUGUCGCUGGUGAUGCUGUGACGACGGAUCUAAUCAUGGAGAAGAUGGGCGAAGGUGGGGGUGUAUGGCAGGGAUACCGAUUCAAGGGAGGAGGACAGUGUGCAGCUGACCAGGGCACAGCUGAAGACAGAGGCGGAGAUGCUACAGCAUCAGCUCCCGAUGGCUGCCGUGCGUUUGAUGACGACUGUGGAAUGAGCGGGGAACCUUCCGGUUCUCAGAGUGGACGGGACGAUGUAAGACGUGAGGGGAGAGAGGGAGACGGGUCUCUGCAGCUCUUAAUUCAGCUGUCAGGAGACGACGGAGGUAAUGGUCGGAAGAUGGCACAGCACUGGCAGCCAGGUCUGUGGCGAGGUGGUGAUGACAGUCUAAUGGAGGGCAUGAAGGGUUGGCAAGAGCUUUUAGGAGCAGGCUAUGGCAGUAGCAAUUGUCGAUUGCAGCAAGCAGGAGGAGGUAAUGGAGGAGGACCCAAAGAACGAGAAGGAAGGAACGGGAAUGGGGAACAAAGACAGGAAAGGGUCAUGGAAGGAAAUCUUGCUGGACACCAGGUGCAGAUGGAGAUGAUGCGUCUGAUGCCUCUAGCGGGAGGGGAUGGCUCGAUGCUUCAGGCUGCGAAGGAGAACGAGGGGGGGGAUGCCAUGGAAAUUGCAGCUGGAGUGGAAACUGGAGCCCAACAGGAGUGGAGUGCUUCGGUUGGGAAGGCGGGUGUUCGUAGUGAUGAUUAUGGACAGCUCGGCAAUUGCCAGGUUGGAAAUGAAAAUGCUCACAAGGCGAAUGGUACUGGGUCGUCUAUGCGCUGGCUUCAAGCUGAGAACAUUCCAAAGCAACAGCUGAUUGCGCAGAGCGGGAUCAGAAAUGAUGUGAUGAGUCAGGAAAUAUCGGGGGAUACCUCCCAGAAUGUCUCAGUAGGGGGAUGGAGAGGUGAGUUGUUGUCUGGUCAUAACACACUGCAAGACAGAGGAAGCGAGACAUUACCUGGCCAGUUGCAGGGCAACAAUCGUUUUGGAAUGCUGUUUGACCAACCAAGGGCAAGUGAUCAGUGCGAGAAGUUCCCAGAGUGUGCAAAGCAGCAGCAACAGCAGGAGCAGGGGCAGCAAUGCCAGCAGGAGGUGGCAAAGCAGCUGCGGGAGAAGUCAUUGCAUGUUCUAGAGCAAACUCAGCAGGUGCCAACCGAACAGGCCCUUUGGAUCAGGGGAGUGGACGGAGAUGAGAAGAUGCUUGGAAAUCUGGGAGUCUGUCAAGCGGAGGAGGAGCAAACAAAGCAAUCUCUGCAGCAGUAUCACCUGCACACUCUACAGCUUUUGGAGAACUGCUCAUCUUCAGAGGUGGUGCGGUCUCUGCAGCCUUCACAACCACUGGGUCCGAUGAGUCUUGGAUGCGAGAUGGUUGGUCUAGAGUCGAAGUCACAGGGGCUGAAUGGGUUGCAGAAACAGCUUCCGUCACAGCUAGUCCAUCCAUGGCAGCAGAAGGUAGGCCUUCUGCCGCAGCAAGCGGAGCCACUGGCACUUCAGAUGGACCAACUGCAGGAACAAAGCCCAUUCGAGAUAUUAAGACAGCAGCAGCAGCAGCAGCAGCAGGUUCUCAGCAUUCUGCAGCAACAGAAGAACCUGCAGCAAGAGAUGGAGUCCUUGUCGAAGGUUAAGUCCUUGUUGAAGGUUGUAGAACUGCAGCAUUCACAUCAACAUAAUCAUCAUCUAGAUCUGCAGCAGCAGCAGCAGCACCAGCAGAUGCUCAGCAUUCUGCAGCAACAACAGAAGCUGCAGCGACAGCUGGAGUCCUUGUCGAAGGGUGGAGAACCACAGCAGUCGCAUCAAGAUCAAUGGCAGCUUGACCUGCCACCACAGCAGGGUGACAGUCUAAAUCAACUGAGUCUUUCACAGCCGCUGUCUUCGACAUUGCAUUUGCAGCAAACAUUCAAACUACAACAUCAGGAACACCCAUUCAAUACUGACCAGCAACAACAGCAACAACAGCAGCAACAACAGCAGCACCAACAGCAGCAACAACAGCAGCAACAACUGCAACAACUGCCACUAAUGGAGCAGCAGCAACAGCCACAGAUGCCACCAAUGCAGCAGAAGCAGCAGCAGCCAGCAUGGCUCAGCCCAGAACGGCCAGAGCGCAUCCGUCUGCAUCAUCAACAUCUUCAACAACAUGCAUCUCCAACAACGUCUGCAACUCCACUGCGGCAGCAGCCGCAGCAGCAGCAAAAGCAACGACAGCAGCAGCAGCAGCAGCAGCAGCAGCAGCAGCCGCAGCAGCCGCAGCAGCCGCAGCAGCCGCAGCAGCAGCAGCAACAGGCACAGCAGCAGCAACAACCACAGCAGGAGCAGCGGCAACAGCAACAUCAGCAGCAGGAGAGGCAGCCACAGCUGCCAACACUGCAGCAGCAGCAAUUCUCAACGCCACUGCAACAGCAGAAGAACCAUCCACCAUUGAUCAGCACUCGUCAGCCAGCUCUCGACCCGCUACAACAUCAACACCAUCAACAGCACCAGCAACAACAGCAGCAACAGCAGCAACAGCAGCAACAACAGCAACAGCAGCCACAACAACAGCAGCAGCUGCCACAGCUGCCCGCGGUGCUGCAGCAGCAGCAGUUGUCACUGCCAUUGCAACAGGAGAAGCUGCAACAGCCAUGGAUCAGCCCACAGCAGCCAGUGCUCAACGAACCGCAACACCAACAACACCAAAAUCAUCAACAGUGUCAGCGGCCACAGCUGCAUGAGGGGCAGUCUCGGCAGUCUCAGCAGCAACAGCAGUCGCCUGCUUGCAGACCUGCGGAGCAGCGGUUAUUGCAAGGACCAUCACAGCAAUGGAUUGAAGGAUUUCACCAACAAGGUGGACCGUCACAGCAACUCCAUCAUGGGCCAUGUGGGCAAUCAGAGAAGGGAGAGCAAAGUACGUUGUUGCUGCCAUCGUCCUCACAGUAUCAACUAUCUCCCCUGCAUCAGCAUACACAUCAACCGCAACAGGUCAGUCAAGCACACAAGCAGGGGGAGCAUCGGCAGGCAGAAGAGCAGAGACAGCAAGGGGUAGAGAUAUCACCAUGUCAAGAAGUUUUGGCACCCUCUGGAAGCGAGGAGCAGAAGUCAACAGGACUGUCGCUGCCUGACGUCAAACCUUCUUCGAAUGGAACACCUUCCUCUCGAGUUGUCAUCGAUCUUUCUGACUCUGACUCUGACUCGGAGGGAAGUAACGGCCAUGGAGGCACAGCGAAGCGCCGUAGGUUUGCCAUGAAUGGCAGUGGUUGCGACAUGGCGACACGAAGUGGACAGAAGAAAGUUGGUGUGAGCACAGGAGGAAGGGGUGGAUGUUAUCCGCUGCCCGCUUUCUCAAAGAACCCCGAGAAGAAGCAAUGUUUGACUGUUGAUUUGACGGAAAUCAACAGUGAUGAUGAUGAAGACAGCAUGGAGGAUAAGCAGAAUGAAGGCAGAAGGCUCCCUGAUUGGGCUGCCACGGGCAAGAGGAAGCUUGAACCGUGGGUGAAGCGUCCUGUGAAUGGGAGAGAGAAGAUGCAGAAGUUUGGUGAGGGCAUGCUGGGGCAGCAAUCAAUGAAGCAAUUACAACUUAAAAAUGGGGUUGAAUAUGGCGAAAGGCCUCGGCUACUCGGUAUUAACGGACCUCGUGCAUCCUUUACAGUGGUGGGUAGCACUCUGAUGAAUGGCGAAGGAGGAGGUCGGCGGCUUCCAAAUUGGCUAACGGAAGCGCAGAUGAAGGGCCACAUGAGCUUGCAGAGGAGUAAUUCUACAUUGCAGAUUAAGGGUGAUGGUGGGGAGGGAGUCCUUGACGAUAAUAACGGCGACGAGGGUUCAGAUGAUCUCUCUGAUGAUUAUGAUGACGAUGAUUAUGAUUCGGAAGUCGACUACGAUCAUCCUUGGUACUGGAGGGUAGGGGGAAUAGGGAGGAGGCUCCUGGAAGGAGGCAGGAAGUUGAAAUCAGGUUUGGGGGCCAGAUUUCGCCUUAAUGCAGGGGGGCUUGGGUGGCGGAGCGAUGUAUCUAAGUUGACACCAGGAGAUCCAAGCCAUAGCAUGAGCAGUCGGGCAUUGACUGUGGUACCUGACGGACCCGUUGUUCCGGCUGCGAAGGCACCACCACUGCCAGGUGGCAAGGGUUUGAAAAUAGAGAGCCGGACACCAGAGAAUGGAAGCGAGCCAAGCCUGGAUCUUCGGGGAGUUUUAGAGGGUUUGGCGCUUGGCAGCACUGCGGAAGAGCGGAAUGUGCCAGAUGGUCUCAUGACAAUUUCUCUUCUUAAACACCAGAGGUUAGCACUGGCCUGGAUGGAAAAACGUGAGACGAUGGAGCCAUCAGGAGGAAUACUUGCUGACGACCAGGGUCUCGGUAAAACAGUCAGUGUACUGGCUCUGAUUCUGCGCACCAGGGAUGGACACAAUGUGCAAACGAACGGCCAGGAAUUACCUCUCACGUCUGGUAAAAUUGGAGCAGAAAAUAAACUGGAGGUGAUCAACCUGGACCAGCCAGCGGAGGUUCAGGAUCAGAAACAGAUUGUCAAGUCUCACUCGUCCAGAGUGGGAGUCCAGAAGGCUUGUCCCGGCCUGAUGACAGUUAACCAGGAGCCUGCUGGAGCCUUGGUCUUGUACAAUCCAUUCUCAUCAUCAUCUCCAGCUGCUCCAAGUUGCGUCAAUGGGGAGAAGCCUAACAGUGCUAACACCAUCAGAUGUGCCAGUGGGGAGAAACCAAGUAGCAUUUGUGCCACUGGGGAGAAACUGAGUGGCAUUGCUUGUGUCAGUGUAGAGAAGCCGAGUACUGUCAGCACUGCAUGGAAGGGUGGGCGGCCACAGGCCGGAACGUUAGUUGUCUGUCCGACGAGCGUCCUUCGGCAAUGGCACGCAGAAGUGAGGGACAAAAUUGCCAAGGCUGCUGGAUUCCGAGUCCUUGUUUAUUAUGGUCAGCAAAGGAAGAAGUGUGCAGACAAUCUUGCAUGCUAUGAUGUGGUCUUGACGACAUAUGCGAUCGUCUCUCAAGAGGUGCCGAAGCAGUUUGCAGAGAAGGAGAAGGAAUCGAAACAGCGAGAAGGUGGCAAGGUCAUGUAUGAGAACUUCGAUCUGUGCCCGUCGUUGCACGAUGCUGUGUUGGGGAAGAAGACUGCCGGGCGAGGGACGUCGGAGCAAGGCAGCUUAUGCAAUGGGCAGGAUAAUGGAGCUGGUACAAAGAAGAGGAAGAAGGGGAAGAAGGGGUCUGCGGAAGAAGAUGGGGAGGCACUCUCUACAUACAUUGGACCUCUGGCAAAAGUUGCCUGGUUCAGAGUUGUGUUAGAUGAAGCGCAAUGCAUCAAAAAUGCACGAACGCAGGUGGCACGAGCGUGCUGGGGUCUGCGGGCCAAGAGGAGGUGGUGUCUGAGCGGAACUCCGAUCCAGAACUCAAUCGAUGAUCUGUACAGCUACUUCAGAUUCAUACGACCAGAACAAGAACCGACCUCUCUCACAAAGUACAAGAUAGCGUAGCGGAAGACUUAGAUACCAAUGAUCCGAACAAUCAAUGUUGCAAUUUAGC